UGAGAUUCAAUUGUUUUUGUUUAAUGUUUUCAAUCCGCGUUUUUUUGUCCCCAACAAUUAAACAGUUAAAUUGUGGUUAAGUCUUUGUUAAAUCUUGUGACUCUUCUUAUGAAGCAACAUGGCUGCUAUAUCCUUGGAUAAAGAUGCCUUCUUCCGACGUGCUAAAAGGUUUUACCAGCAUUGGAAAAAUCCAUCCAAUGAAGUAAACCUAAAUGAUGUUGAUUCUAUCGUCUUUUGUGUUGGCUCUGAUGAUGAUGUUACAUAUUCUAAAUCAAUUGCCUUACAAACAUGGCUAUUUGGUUAUGAGUUGACUGACACUAUAAUUGUCUUAUCGGAAAAGUCUAUACAAAUAUUGGCCAGUAAAAAGAAGGUUGAAUUUCUUAAAGCCAUUGAAUCAUCUAAAGAAAAUGAGAAAGAUGUACCACCAGUAUCUCUUUUGGUUCGUGAUAAAGCGGAUAAAGAUCAGGCCAAUUUCUCUAAAUUAUUGGAUACUUUAGCUAAAAGUCGUUCCAAUGGCAAGAAGGUUGGUGAAUUUAGUAAGGACAAAUUUUCCAAUGAAUUCCUUGACUCUUGGAAAAAGUUAUUUGAUGAUUCAAAUUUAAACACUACUGAUGUAAGCUCUUCAGUUGCUUAUAUAAUGGCUGCCAAAGAGGAUUCGGAAAUUGAAAUAAUCAAGAAAGCUUGUGGUAUCACUGUUGAAGUGUAUUCUAAAUAUCUGAGAGAAGAGAUCACUGAAAUUAUUGAUUCUGACAAAAAGGUUAAACAUACUAAACUAACUGAAGGUGUGGACAAAGCCAUGCAAGAUAAAAAGUACAUUAAAAAUUUGGAUUCUCAUGCAGUUGAUGUAUGUUAUUUGCCAAUAAUACAGUCUGGUGGUAACUACAGUCUCAAAUUCAGUGCUGCCAGUGAUAAAAAUAAUCUACACUUUGGAUCAAUCAUUUGUUCUCUAGGAGCUCGUUAUCGGCAAUAUUGUUCAAACAUUGUCCGUACCAUUUUGGUUAAUCCAACACAAAAGCAACAAGAUCUGUAUGAUUUCCUAAUCACCACACUUGAUGCUGUUAUCAACAAAUUACAAGAUGGCGUUAAGCUUUGUGAUGUUUAUAAAGUGGCUCAAGAUAUGCUCGAGAAAAAAUAUCCUGAACUUAAUGAUAAGAUGACCAAGAAUAUUGGUUUUGCAAUGGGACUUGAAUUUCGUGAGCCUGCACUUUUAAUCGCACCCAAAGUGACCGCUGUUGCAAGAAAGGGAAUGGUAUUCAAUGUAGCCAUCGGUCUAUCAAAUCUCAUCAAUGAAGCAGCAAAAGACAAAGAAUCAAAAGUAUAUGCACUUUUUGUCGCUGAUACCGUUUUGGUUAAUGCUGGUAAACCUGCUGAAAUUUUGACCAAUGCUAAAAGAAAAUUGAAAAGUGCAGCCAUCUUUUUAAAAGACGACGAAGAAGGAUCUGAAGAAGAGGAAGAAGAUGUUAAACCUCAGCUGGAUGAAGGUUUAUUGGGACGUACUGGUAGACGAACAACGAUUCUCAAUUCAAAAUUGAGAACCGAAGCAUCAACAGAGGAGAAGCGAAAAUUACAUCAGAAAGAGCUCGCACAGCAACUUAACGAAGCGGCGAAAGCACGUUUAGCUCAAAAAUCGGGUGGAAAAGAACAACAAAAAGUUCGAAAAUCGAAUGUCUCUUACAAAUCAAUUAAUCAUAUGCCUAAAGAUCCUGAAAUAUCCGAAUUGAAAAUAUUCGUUGAUCGUAAAUAUGAAACAAUCAUUUUACCCAUUUAUGGUUUACCUGUACCAUUCCAUAUAUCAACAAUCAAAAACAUUUCACAAUCAGUUGAAGGUGAUUACACUUACCUUCGUAUUAAUUGUUUUCAUCCAGGGUCAACUUUGACCAAGAACGAGAGUGGAAUGUAUUCCAAUCUAGAUGCUACCUUUGUGAAAGAAAUUACUUAUCGAGCAACCAAUGUAAAAGAACCUGGUGAACUUUCAGCUCCAUCUUCCAAUCUGAAUACCGCUUUUCGUUUGAUCAAAGAGGUUCAAAAGAAAUUUCGAACUCGUGAAGCAGAGGAAAGAGAGAAAGAAGGUAUUGUUAAACAAGAUACUCUGGUUAUCAGUAACAACAAGGGUAAUCCUAAAUUGAAAGAUUUGUACAUCCGACCAAACAUCUAUUCUAAACGUAUUUCUGGUACCCUGGAAGCUCAUGUAAAUGGUUUUCGAUUUACAUCAAUUCGAGGUGAUAAAGUUGAUAUUCUCUACAAUAAUAUUAAACACGCAUUCUUCCAACCCUGUGAUGGUGAGAUGAUUAUUCUGAUUCACUUUACUUUAAGAAAUGCCAUCAUGUUUGGUAAAAAGAAACAUGUUGAUGUUCAAUUUUACACCGAAGUUGGUGAGAUUACUACUGAUCUUGGAAAACAUCAGCAUAUGCAUGAUCGUGAUGAUUUAGCUGCCGAACAAGCUGAACGUGAAUUACGAGGUAAACUUAAGGCUGCAUUCAAAAACUUUUGCGACAACGUUGAAGCCAAAACCAAGGGAGACAUUGAAUUUGACACUCCUUUCAGAGAUUUAUCUUUCCCUGGUGUUCCCCAUCGAUCAAUUGUUAAUCUUCAACCAACAUCUUUCUGUUUGGUUAAUCUCACUGAUUGGCCUCCGUUUGUUAUUACUCUCGAUGAAGUUGAAUUAGUUCACUUUGAAAGAGUUCAGUUCCAUCUUAAAAAUUUUGACAUGGUCUUCAUUUUCAAAGAUUACUCCCGAAAAGUAGCCAUGAUUGGUUCCAUUCCCAUGGCCAUGUUAGACCAUGUUAAAGAAUGGUUAAAUCAAUGUGAUAUUCGUUACAGUGAAGGUAUUCAAUCAUUGAAUUGGGUUAAAAUCAUGAAGACCAUAACAGAUGAUCCAAAUGGUUUCUUUGACCAAGGAGGUUGGAAAUUCUUGGAUCCUCAAAGUGGUGAUGAAGCAGAAGAUGAUGAUGAUGAGGAUGAAGAAGAUGAACAAUAUAACCCAACUGAAGAGAGUGACGAUGAUGAUGAAUCAGAAUCUGAUGCAUCAGGUUCUGAUGUUACAGAAAGUGAAGAUUAUUCAGAAGAUCUUGGCAGUAGUGAAGAGAGUGGAAAAGAUUGGUCUGAAUUGGAAGAAGAAGCUGCUCGUGCUGAUAGAGAAAAAGAUUAUGAAGAAACUGGAGAGGUACAACAAACACAUCGAAAUAAAAAAUUUUCCAAAUCAAAGCACAGUUCUGGGCCGAGUAAAGGUCACUCUUCAGGUCACAGUAAAAGUCAUCACAGUUCAGGACCAAGUAAGGAUAAAAGUCCAAUGAAAAAUGGCUCCAAAAGACCUCGAGAUCAUGGAUCCGAUCAAAAGAAAAAGAAAUUCAAAAAAUGAACAAAAAAAUCUUCCUUAAAGGUUGAACAUUCUACCAAAAUGAUUACAAUUCUCUCGAUACUCUUACGCAUUUUAUACAAUUAUUGCAACAAAACAUCAACAUGGAUUAACCAAUUUUUUUUUCACGAGUAAAUGAUAACCAAAAGACAAA